AUGGCGACUCCCGAGAAGAAAGAGGAGCCCCCAAACGUCACUCCGUUGCUCAAGCUGCCCCGAUGCUCGAAGACCGUGGCUGCUCCACCUAGCCCAGACCACUACGGCUCGAUAGUCAAGGUUACAGUCGGUAAACAGGACGACAGGCGCGAAUUUCAUGUCUACUCAGGCCUCCUUGCGCACUAUUCAUCCUACUUCAAAGCUGCCUUGAAGAGUUGUUGGAGAACGCCUGAAACCGUCAAUCUGGAGGAUGAUAACCCUGAGGUCUUCCUGGCGUUCUUUAGCUGGAUCUAUACAGGGAAGCUCUACUCGGCCCUCGACGCGUCAGGGAAAGUUCCUCUAAGCAUGAAACUCAUCUUUGAGAUCUACGUCUUUGGCGACGCCCGAGGAGCUCCUGAGCUCUGCAACACCGCGAUCGACCUACUUAUCCAGAACAUGCAGCAGAAGUGGAUGUUCCCAAACCAUGAGCUCGACUACGUCUACGAAAACACGCUUCAAGAAUCAGCUCUGCGCCGUGCUCUCUUGGAUUUCGCGGUCGACAAUUAUCGUUUCGUAGAACUCGUUGACCCAAUCCAACGAUUACAAGAAUUGGCAAAAUAUCCUAAAGAGUUCCUCGGAGAUAUGUUAAUGGCUCUCAUGGCUCUUGGCAAGACUCCAAUUCCGUCAAGUGCAGGGUAUGGAAAUUUGCCUUACGGCAAGAACAACUGGGCCACGUACAUCAAGCCUCAGGUAUGCUCAAGGUAUCACAAUCACCCAGCACCUCCGGCCUGA